AUGUCAUCAAAGUUUCAAAUACUGGAUAAUCGACCAAUCGAUAAAUGGAAGGUUGUAGAGUUGAGAGAAGAACUCAAGAGACGGCAUUUGACAACUCGAGGAUUGAAAAAGGAUUUGGUAAGACGCUUAGACGCCGCUGUUAGAACCGAGAGGAAAAAAGCUGCAAACGAGGCAGCUAAUGGUUUUAACAAUGGCGAUUCUCAGCCUGUAGUUGAAGAAGGCACUGAAAAAGUCAAAGAAGUGGAUCAUGGUGGGUUCAAGCUUGCGGAUGAUGUUACUGAUUAUCCGGCUGCUUCAGGUCAUGGUGUAGUUGAAAAAAGGGACAUACUGGUGGAAGGGGAACAUUUGCAGAGCUCGAAACUAGAAGAGAAUGUGAAUUCUAGCAUGAAAAUGGUGUGUCAAGAUCCAAUGGUACCUGAGCCAAAGGAUGAUGUAAUUGAUGAUAAUGUCAAAAUAAGCCUAGAUGUUGUUGAGCCGGUGAUGGCGGAACUGUAUUCAUCCACUGGUUCGGAUCAUGGAGUUGUUGAAGAAAGGGAUAUAUUAGUGGAAGAUGAGCCUGCUAUUCAGAACACUGUUGUUAAGACCGUGAUACCUGAGGUACCAUUGACUGGACAGCAUUUGCAGAGCUCGAAACAAGAAGAGAUUGUGAAUUCCAACAUGCAAACGGAGAGUCGAGAUCGAAUGCCUGAGGUGGAGAGACGUGAUCCUAAGGCUCGGCUAGAGAAUGAGAAUCAAGAGGACGACAUUCAUAAGAAAGUUAAAGAUGUAGGGGAUGAUGUUGGUGGUGAGAAUGAGGAGUGUGGGUUGAAGUUUAAAGAUGAUAUUAGUGAUUGUGUGGCUACAUCUGGCCAUGGAGAGAUUGAAGAAAGUGGCAUGUUGGUGGAUGAUAAGGCUGCGGUAACAGAGGGACCACUGAUCGGAGAACAUUUGCAUAGCUCGAAACAAGAAGAGAAUGUGAAUUCCAACUUGCAAACGGAGAGUCGAGAUCAAAAGCUUGAAGAGGAGAAUGGGAGUCCAAAGCUUGAGAUGGAGAGUGAUGAUCCAAAGGCUCAGCUAGAGACUGAGAAUCAAGAGGAUGACAUGCAUAAGAAAGUUGAAGAUGUAGUAGAUCAUGGUGGUGGUGAGAUUGAGAAGGGGUGUGGGUUGAAGUUUAAGGAUGAUAUUAGUGAUUAUGUGGCUGCAUCUGGUCAUGGAGUGGUUGAAGAAAUUGACAUUGUGGCGGAAAAUAAGCCUGUGGUAACAGAGGUACCACUGAUCGGAGAACAUUUGCAAAGCUCAAAACAAGAAGAGAAUGUGAAGUCCAACAUGCAAACUGAGAGUCAAAAUCUUGAAGUGGAGAGUGAUGAUCCUAAGACUCGGAUAGAGAAUGAGAAUCAACAGGAUGACAUCCAUAAGAAUGUUAAAGAUAUUGGGGAUCGUAUUGGUGGUGAGAAUAAGGAGUGUGAGUUGACAAUUAAAAAUGAUAUCAGUGAUUGUGUGGCUGAAUCUGGUUAUGGAGUAAUUGAAGAAAGUGACAUGUUGGUGGAUGAUAAGGCCUCGGUAACAGAAGUACCUCUGACCGGAGAACAUUUGCAGAGCUUGAAACAAGAAGAGAAUGUGAAUUCCAACAUGCAAAUGGAGAGUCCAGAUCGAAAUCUUGAAGUGAAGAAUGGGAGUUCAAAGCUUGAGGAGGAGAGUGAUGACCAUAAGGCUCAGCUAGUGAAUGAUAAUCAAGAGGAUAACAUGCAUAAGAAAGUUGAAGAUGUAGUGGACCAUGGUGAUAGUGAGAAUGAGUGCACGUUGAAGUUAAAAGAUGAUAUUAGUGAUUUCGUGGCUGCAUCUGUUCAUGGAGUAGUUGAAGAAAGUGACAUGUUGGUGGAAGAUAAGCCCUUGGUAACAGAGGUACCACUGAUCGGAGAACAUUUGCAGAGAUCAAAACAAGAAGAAAAUACGAAUUCUAGGACCCAAAUGGAGUGUCAAGAUGGAAAGCCCCCAGUGGAGAAUGAGAGUCCAAAGGUUGAGGCAGAGACUGAUGAUCCAAAGGCUCAGCUGGAGAAUGGGGAUGACAUGCAUGACGCUUCUUCUUUGAACAAUCAGCUACCUGAGAUCAACCAAAUUUCAGGGUUUCAAGCAAAAUCUGAUUCUAUGUCAAUUAGUGAAAAGAUUGAACUAAAGGAUAAUCUAAUUGAUGAUAAUGCCAAACUAAGCCAAGAUGUUGUUAAGCAGGAGAUGGUCGGACCAUGUUCAUAUAGCAAUGUUGUCCCAGAUAAUGGUGAAUCGCAUUCAAUGGAUGAUAAACAACCACUUGAGAACACGACGUCUGUUGAUGAUGAGAGAGACGACAAGAAUGAUACAUCAACUGCAGACACGAGCAAUACAGAUGACAGUGGAGAGAUGGUGUUCUCGGAAAAGUUAGAUUUCGAUAGAAGUUUGAGUGAUGACUCCAUGGACGAGGAUUUGCCUGAAACCAAGCAAAGUGAUUCACAAUGUAGUACUGAUGAAAUAGGAGAAGAUAGUGAGGAGAACGAAGCACUUAUUAUCAAGGAACUGGAAAUUCAUGUUGCGAGAGAUGGUUCACCAACAUACAAACAUGACAUCUUCAUUGAUAAUAAGAGCCAUUCUUCUAUUCCUGCUAAGAAAAGAAAGCUUCAGGAUGAAGAAGCUAUGGAGAACAAUGAACCUCCAAAAAGGCACACAUGGAACUCUGAUGCUUUUACACUGACCAACACGCCUAAAGGCACCAUGCAACUUGCUGCUUCUCGAUCCAAUUCUUCCUCAUCAGACUCCACAGAUAGUGAAGAUACGACCAGGGAACAAGAUGUGGAAGAAGCAAUGGAGACACGUAAUGCAAUUUAUAACCUGCAAUGGCCACCUAAUGGUGGACGUCUAUUGGUGGCUGACUUCGUGGAUCCUCAUGAAGUUGAAACACUCACUUCUGAGUCCCAACCCUCAGAGCUCAUCAACAGGUUCCACCGCCGUUGCCUCCUUCAGAGGAAUCAGGUUCGCCUAUGCUCACCCUAG